UGUGUCCAGGGAGCUGCCCCAGGACAGAAACCUCCCAAGACAGCAGUCACCAUCAAAAAACACAGCUGAAGCUGUGAGCUCUUUGCUUUUCUAUCCGGACCACAGCUGGGUUUGACCUCCUGUACUGUGUCAACGUCAGGUCCCUGUGGAUGGCGUCCGAGGUCUUGUUGGAGCUCCAGCCCUCUAACCGAAGCCCGAAGGCUCCUGCCAACAUUACCUCCUGCGAGGGUGCCCUAGAAGCCUGGGACCUGCUGUAUCGGGUGCUGCCGGGGUUCGUCAUCACUAUCUGCUUCUUUGGCCUCUUGGGGAACCUUUUAGUCUUGUCCUUCUUCCUUUUGCCUUGGCGACAGUGGUGGUGGCAGCAACGACAGAGGCAGCAGCGCUUAACCAUAGCGGAAAUCUACCUGGCUAACUUGGCGGCUUCCGAUCUGGUGUUCGUCCUGGGCCUGCCCUUCUGGGCAGAGAACAUUGGGAACCGUUUCAACUGGCCCUUCGGAACUGACCUCUGCCGGGUGGUCAGCGGGGUCAUCAAGGCCAACCUGUUUGUCAGCAUCUUCCUGGUGGUGGCUAUCAGUCAGGACCGCUACAGGCUGCUGGUCUACCCCAUGACCAGCUGGGGGCACCGGCGGCGACGGCAAGCCCAAGCUACGUGCCUGCUCAUCUGGGUAGCCGGGGGUCUCUUGAGCAUCCCCACAUUCCUUCUGCGCUCUGUUAAAGUCGUCCCUGAUCUGAACGUCUCUGCCUGCAUCCUGCUUUUCCCCCACGAGGCUUGGCACUUUGCGAGGAUGGUGGAGUUGAACGUUUUGGGUUUCCUCCUCCCCGGGACUGCUAUCAUCUUCUUCAACUAUCACAUCCUGGCCUCCCUGAGAGGACAGAAGGAGGCCAACAGGACUAGGUGUGGGGGUCCCAAGGGCAGCAAGACGACGGGGCUGAUCCUCACACUGGUGGCCUCCUUCCUGGUCUGCUGGUGCCCUUACCACUUCUUCGCCUUCCUGGAUUUCCUGGUCCAGGUAAGAGUGAUCCAGGACUGCUCCUGGAAGGAGCUCACGGACCUGGGCCUGCAGCUCGCCAACUUCUUUGCCUUUGUCAACAGCUGCCUGAAUCCACUGAUUUAUGUCUUUGCAGGCCGGCUCCUUAAGACCAGGGUUCUGGGGACUUUAUAAAUGAUGCACCCGAGAAGCCUCAUGCCCAUAUGGCCCAACAGGAAGGGACUCUUCCAAUUAUCCUGCUGGAAUUCAAACAGCAGGGAGCCAAGAAGCCUGGCUCUUGACCAACCAUCUCCGAUAUCAUAAAGACCAUCUGGUCAGCUGACCCACAGCCC